AUGUUUGGCGACGCCAAGACUUUUGUGUUCCAAGAUCUUUCCUCCUGGACAGAUGACGAAGGGAAGCGGAUAGAUCAGGAGCAGGAGCAGGAGCAGGAGCAGGAGCAGGAGCAGGAGCAGGAGCAGGAGCAGGAGCAGAAGCAGAAGCAGGAGCAGGAGCAGGGCAGCGGGGUGGCAAGCGCAGGGCAAGGACAUGGUAGAGUGGCUCCAAGAGAGAUCAGGGUGAGGGCACACAUCGGCGAUGCGAUCGAAGACUUCUACGAGACUGGGCAGGUGGUCUGGCCCGCAGCACCUCUUCUCUGCCACUUCCUGCUCUCGGACAAGGGCAGGAAGCUUCUGCAGGACAAGGAUGUCGUUGAGCUAGGAGCAGGGAUCGGUAUCCCUGGCCUCCUUGCCGCUCGAAGCUGCAGAUCGCUGGUGCUAACGGACCAUAACCCCAAGGUGCUGGACAGGUUGAAGGCAAACGUCGAGCUGAACAAGAACGAGCUGAUACCCGACAAGUGUCAAGUCUCGGUCCAGAUGCUUGAUUGGAUGAAGUUGCCCGCUGCAAAGGAGGAGGAGCAGGGAGGGGUGCAGCAGCAGCAGCAGCAGCAGCAGCAGCAGCAGCAGGAUCAAGAAAAGGAGAGACUGCAGCUGAUGGGACUGCAAGACAAGUUCGAGCUUGUCCUCGGAGCUGACGUCGUCUACUCUGCCGAGACCAUCCCCUUCCUCCUGGACGCCGCCCUCUUUGUGAUGAAACAGACAGAGCAAGCCUGCUUCCUCCUCGCCUACGUGUCGCGUUGGCCGAUGCUUGACCAGCUCUUGAUGGACGAGGCGGCGAGUAGAGGGCUGGAGGUCAUGGAGUUGGAUCUUUCUUUUCUCCCUAGGCAUCUGCGAUGCGACAGAGGGGAGGAGAGAGACGGUUCUGUCGCCGACGACCUUCGCGUCCCCCCCGCUGCCUUCCUGUAUGCCUGCUACCGCCCUGAGCUCAUAUUGAGCAGCCUCCUCCAGCUGCUCAAGGCGAAGGUUAGCGACGAGGAGCAGGAGGAGCCAGAGGAGUCCAGCUGUCUAGUCCUUGGGAGGUCCCAGCUGGACGCGAGCUUGAGGGAGAGGAAGAGGCCAGUGGUCAAGCUCGACCUGCAGCUGAAGGGAGCGGCAGACAUGACAGAGGAGCAGGAGGUCGCGCUCGUGGAGCUGAUAGCGAGGCAGAGGAGCUUCCUGCAGGAGUUGAGGGUCUCGUCGUACCGUCCGAGAGCAGGAGGAGACUUCCUCCUGGCCGUUGCCAGGCAGCGUGUGGAACUUCCCCAGCUGCAGAUCCUGUCAAUGCAAGGGUGCAGCUGGGUGAGGAGAGCGGGAGAGGAAGAGACGGUCUGCUCGCUGUUUCGCAGCAUGCGAGCUCUCGAGUCUCUCGACCUGUCCGGCUGUGAGCUGGGGAAGGAGGGGGCAGGAUGGUUGGCCCUUCUCCUCCCCCAGCUCCCGCAACUGCGCUGCCUCCUCCUCCGCAGCAAUCGCCUUGAGCGGGAGGGAGUGGAGGACCUGUGCCCUUGUUUCUCCUCCUUAGAGUCACUCGACCUCAGCGACAACCUGCUUCACGCUGAGAGCAUGCCGUUGGUGACCCUCGACCUCCCCAGCUCCCUCCACUCCCUCCUCCUCAGCGGCAACCAGCUGUGGGAGGGAGGGGCGGAAGUGAUCGCGGAUGCCAUGAGGAGCUGGAGGAGCCUGAGGGUGCUGGAGCUGAGCGGAUGCUGGCUGGGGGACGCGGGAGCGGUGGAGAUCAGCAUCGGCAUGACCGCGUGCUCCCAGCUGAAGAAGCUCGUGCUCUCCAGCAACAGCAUCACUGACGAGGGAGCUCGAGCGAUAGCAGAGGGGGUGGAGGAGAUGACGGCGACGGAGUUGGAGCUCAACAUGAGUCGCAACGGCCUCACAAGCGCGGGCUGUGUAGCGCUCAUCGAGCUCCUGCUGAGGUGCGAGGGUCUGGUAUCGCUGGACGUAGGAGACAAUCUUGUGGAGGAUGAGGUAGAGAAGGGAUAG